GUCAGUCGCCGCCCGUUCUCUCGCAUCUCGUCGCAUUGAUUCAAUUCAUUAGAAUUUUGAUUCGCACGGCAUUCGUUGGGGCCACUGAGUGGUAGCAUCGAAAGAAAUCUACCAGCAGUUCCCUCCUAUCCGAUCCCACCAACAGACACCAUGUCAAUUACGGAAAAGGAUCUCUAUCGGGACACUCCCGUGCGGUAUCUGGGUUACGCAAACGAAAUCGGCGAAGCGUUCCGACCGGUGAUCCGGAAGGUGUUCGUCCACGCCAGCUAUGUGGUUGCCGUUGGGUAUGUUCUGGCCGACACAACGGACAAGUCCCGGAAGCAGUAUGCGAAACCGGAAAUCCUCGGUGGGGGUGCUCGGGGAGCGGCGAUAGCCUCCGGAGAUACGUUGCUGUGGCAGAUGUUCGCUUCGGUCAUCAUUCCGGGAUUUACGAUUAAUAGAAUUUGCUGGCUCUCCAAGAAGGUCCUCUCGAUGAACAAGGUAAAGGGUCCGCUAGGGAAAUGGGCUCCUACGGCGCUGGGUUUGCUAGCGAUUCCAUUCAUCAUCCACCCCAUUGAUCACGGGGUGGAUCUGGUGAUGGACCAAACCUACCGGAAGUACGUGAAAUAACCGGAACCAGGUUCCGCCACGUACGGUUACGGACGUAUGCCAAAUAAUGGACCGUUAAAUAGGUUAGUUAGCUGUUGAAUGGGAUUUAUUUCAAUUUCAUUGCUUUACAAUUACAUCUGGGGCUUGGAAGCUUGGCGGUCUUAUUUUAGUUAAAGAUGCCAUUUCGCCAUGAAAUUUUAAUUUAUUUACUUUUCAUGAUCAUUUGAUAUUCUUGUAGAUCAACUUCAAGAAGCAGUUGAAGAUCGUUACAGAUAAUUCCUGUGAAGAACUACAUACAUGUCUUGCUUGGCGUCCUUGUCCCAUGAUUUAUCCUUGGUCUCGAGCUAAAUGACACUGAUCGUAGUCAUGUAUUAAAUACUUUUCUCGCUGACUUUAAACGUGUUUUUGAAUGUUAAUAGCUAUUGUAUGUAUCUCGAUUAUCGCAGAAAAGACACAACGCGUCGUAGCAAAUAAUAGCUGUAAGGUAAGGUUUAUCUAUGGUAAACUUUUAUUGUUAUUGCAAUAAAUGCAGCCGGUUGCAGAAGACAGUUUUUUCUUAGGAAAACGGGUUAAACUUGGUGCUCAAAAUACUCGAAAAUAAAAACGGAACAAUAAAAUCUAUCGGGAUACCUAUUCA